AAAAAAUGAAAAAUACCUGUUUACCCCUUUCGAUCAAACCCUAAGGACCCUUCACUCUCCUCUAGUCCUCUCCGAUCUUCAACGUUCGGUACCUCCCCUCCGAUCAGACGACGCCGGCGACUGCAACUCCGAUCAGACUAGCCGCGCUCGCCCUCCGUUUUGGUUACUUGCUGUCUUGGUUUAAAGUCUUUCAGAUAUGGACGUCGAUCAUUAUGCUAUUCUUGGGUUACCUUCGGGUGAGCAAGGUGCCAAGCUGACAGAGAAAGAGAUAUCUAAAGCGUACAGAGCAAAGGCUUUAGAAUUGCACCCUGACAAGAGACCAGAUGAUCCAAAUGCCCAUGCCAAUUUCCAAACGCUGAAGUCUUCCUACGAGAUUCUAAAGGAUGAGAAGGCAAGGAAAUUAUUUGAUGAUCUUCUAAGAGUCAAGCGUGAGCAGCAUCGCCGGCAAUCUGAACGUGAUUCUAAACGCCAGAAAAUGAUGACGGACCUUGAAGCAAGAGAACGUUCUGCAUUUGCCCCUGACCCUGCUGCAAAAGAGCUAGAAGAGGAAGAAAAAAUUGCCAGAAAGCUAAAGGAAGAGAUUGCAAGAAUACGAGCAAUGCACGCAAAGAAAGGAGCACCUACAACAUUUCCACCAAAGAAGGAGACUGGGGGAGUUGGAAAGAAGAGCGAUGGUGAUGCUGGACCUACAAUGGACAAAGAGAGGAUGCUUAAGGUUUCAUGGGAAAAGAUUGGUGAGGAUUACACUGCAGAGAAAUUAAGAGAGAUGUUCUCAAAGUUUGGUGAGGUUGAAGAUGUUGUUAUUAGGCAUAACAAGAAGAAAGGUUCAGCAGUAAUUGUAAUGUCCAGUAAAGACGCUGCAGUUGCCUCUACUAGAGCUGUGCUUGGUGAUCUAUCUAACCCUUUGUUAGUUUUGCCUCUUCAACCGGUUUCUUCAGUAGAGAUGCCCAGUGCUGAGAGAUCACCAGAACAUAAUCGAUUGGAUAAUUUGGUAGGAGCUGGUUACCAAGCAUUUGAAGAUUCCAUUUUAAAGAAACUCCAAAAGGCUGGUGAGAAGCAAAAACAAUAAGUUAGCACUGCAAGGAUAAGUUGUACGUGUAGCACCAUAUGAAUUGAGAACACCCUUGUCAUGGAUGUUGAGGUGAAAGAAUAGUUUCUUGAUGCUACUUUUUAGUUUGAAUCAAUUUCCAUAUAGCUUGAGGAAUUAUCUUCCCAAUUUGUCACUGUUUUAACUGCAGACCUUUGAGAGGUACCUUCAGUUGUGGUUUAUGCAUGAGAAUCAUGAUCCAGAUGAGAGUGAUACCAAGUAAAGUUUUCUAGUUAGUACUCUGACUCUUGUUCACAAUAGCAAUUCAAUUGAAUAAAUCUUGACGGAAAGAACUAACACACAAGUCACCAGGAUCGUUUAUACUGCUGAAGUUCUGUUUGUAAGUGUAUCUUAUUCCAUUACUCUAUUGAAAGUCGUUUAUAGGCUGAAUGAUUCAUACAAGUCGAAAGGCUUGAAUAACUAGCUGGUUUUACUUCUUUUAGAAGUAAUGCCUAGUAGCGUCCUAUAAUUUCUUCUGUACUUGUAUCAUUGAACAUUUCUAACUCUUAACACUCUGUUGUUCAUCUGUUUAUUUUAUGGCAUUGUUGAGUUGAUAGCUACAAGGUAUUGUUUUCAAUUGUUUUUCGUCUCUGGGAAUGUAAAAAGUUACAGCAAGUCAAUUAGCAAGCACUACGUUAGCAUUCAGUGAAGCAUUGCAGACCUGUACUGAUACGAAUCAUCGUUAAUCUCAAUCUUAUUGCAUAAGCAUACAUUACCUUGAGGUUCAAAACAGACAUGAAGAGUUGGUGUUAUAAGUUGCACUGUAGUAGGGUCCAAUUUCAUAUAUUAUGGCUAGCAAAGAGACGUACCCUCAACUCCUCAGUGGCAGGUCUUACCAUGAUAGAUUUUGGCAUUGAUCCCUCCACCAGCUAGAAGAGUAGAUUUGGAUUUUUUGCUCCUGGUUUCAAGCGGGCAAUUUAUCCUCAGACUGGUCGUUUUGCUGCUAUUGGCAUAGUAUUUGGUUGCUCUUUCAGAUGUUAGUUUGUGAAGUCGUUGAUAGUUACUGGCUGUUCUAUAAUCAUUAGGUUUUUAGUUACUUCAGUCUUUAUGUAAUUUGCUACUUCGGUUUCAAUGGUAGGAAAAAUUACAAGGUUUGAGUUUGAAUUAUAUAUUUUUCUUCAAAAUAUAGUCAUGAGUUCUUGAGAUUGA